AAGAGGACAAGACCCAUUAGACCAACUCAAAGUAGUGACGAGUCAUCGUCCACCACAGGGAGAAUAUUAGCAGAUCUUUUUUUAAGCAGGAAGGGGGCGAAGUCGACUAUCUUCUCAUCGGGAAUGGAAUCAUGAAUCGUAUCAGUGACAAUGAAGCUGAUUUUAUUGUUAUGCAAUAUUUUCAUUGUCUGUGCAACUGUGGUAUCACAGUGUCCUCCAAGAAAAGAAAUACAUCCUUGUAUUUGCAUAGAGAAACAGCUGGGGAAGAGGAAAUAUGAAUUAAUCAUCCUAUGUUACAACAUAGGGACACCGGCUUCAUUUUCUAAUAUUGAGACACGUCUGAGACAUGUGGAAAUUGAAAAGUUCCUUCUUUAUGACUCUUAUUGGAGGGGUUCUCCAGGACAACAGUCUGUUCUUCCAAAAGAUUUUUUGAACAGCUAUAAAAUAAAGGAAGUGGAAAUAGUGGACACUAGUUUAAAUACAGGUUUUGCUUGCCGAUCUACGCCUAACUGCGAAGAAAAUAACAUAAUCAAGUUGACGAUAAGCAAUAGUUCACUGGGUGAAAGAAGUUUUCAAGCUUGCUUAGAUGAUUCCCGCGUAACUUCCUUUUUGGAUUGUCUAGUACUCCUGAAGCACUUGAAAAUAACGCGUGCGAACCUGCCUAUUAUCAGACACAAUUUUUUCUCUAAGAUGCCUGACCUAAGAGAACUGAUACUGCAAUUCAAUCAAAUAACUAGAAUCGAAAGACAAGUUUUUACUGCUGCGACAUUUCCUAGCCUCGAAGUACUCGAUUUAUCUCAUAACGGUUUACUAGACGUGAAGAAUCUAUUCACACACUCAGAGAUGAAAAUUGCAUUCCUUGACUUAAGCUACAACCAAAUAAAGAGCUUGUUUAACUUCAAGAAACUUCCGAAGCUGAAAAAACUGCUUUUAAGGAAUAAUGAUCUGAUAGAACUUAGUGCAGCAGAUUGGCAGUCGGCACCGAAGAUUCUGAGAUAUAUCGACUUUAGAGAAAAUGAUUUGAAUUGUGAUUGCAACUUCAAAUGGGUAAAUGAUACAUUCCACAUGAAUACAGAAAUUAUUGGUAACUGCGCAGCACCCAAAGAAGUGGCUUCAAUGAAACUUCGAAAAGCUUCCCGGUUACUCAAGUUAAGAUGCGACGAGGAAGGUAAAAUAGCGAGAACGAACUAAAAACAAGAACAAGGCCAAGAACUAGAAACUUCAGUAAACUAUUUGACAUGCAGUAUAUAUAUUAUAGUACACUAAAAAUUAAUAGAGUGCAUUUUGACAUAUUUACGACUGGCACUGGAACGCAAAGUAAAUAAUUGCGCAUAGAAUAAUACCCUAAUUAGUAAUUGAAAGGUUUUAUUUUUCAGAUUUUGCAAAUUAUACUACUAUUUUAAUAAUUAAUUUAUAUAGUAUACUACUAUAUACUACUAUUUUAAAAUAACUAAAACAAAAAUUAAAUUGCAUAUUCAAUAUUUAU